CCGACCUCUUCAGUCCACACUCCGCGGCCGACGACCUGUGCGUCUAUCCAGUCGAUAGCCACUCCGCCAUGUGUCUGGAAGUGCUGCAGCAACAUCAGCAGCACCACCAACAGCACCCGGACUCCCCGUCGUCGCAGCAGGAGUAUGGCUCCAGAAGCCCGGGCAGUGUCUCCUCGGAUGGAGGGAAGGGUUUUUUCCGUCGUACCCUGAAGAAACAGCUGGUGUACAAGCCGUGCCAGGCGGGCUCCCGCUGUAAGAUCGACACCGGGACCAGGAACAAGUGCCAGUACUGCCGCUACCAGAGAUGCUUGUUCGCCGGCAUGUCUCAAGAUGCUGUACGAUUUGGCCGCAUGCCCAAAGUGGAGCGGGAGAAGCUACUGGCGGACAGGGAGGAGCUCACGUGCACCAGCUCUCGGCGUAUCGUGGAGCUGCGCUCACUCACAGACCUCAUCAAGGCCGCCUUCCGGGAUACGUUCGGGAACACCAUCUUCUUCUCGCUGGUCGACCCCCCGGAGGUCCUGGAGGCACUGACCACUGACCAGUUCUUCUCCCUGGGAAUCUUCCGCCGGUUCCAGCAGCUGACCAUCCCCGUGAUGGAGGGAAGCGUCCGGUUUGCCAAGAAGAUCCCAGGCUUCACCGCGCUCAGCAUGCGGGACCAGAUCAUGCUGAUGAAGCGGAACGGCUUCAUGGUGGUUCAUCUGGCGCUCUACUCGCUAAUAACCCCUGGCUACAUCCAGCUGGACACCAAGGAGGGGAAACUGCGUCUUCGCCGGAACUCCUACUACGUGUGUGAGCAGAUGGCUCGCCUCCUGGGCCACGCCAUGGCUGUUGUUGACCGCAUGCAGACAUUCAACUUGACCAUCGGGGAACUCGCGCUCUUCUCGGCUGUCCUACUUACACAGGGUGAGUUGGAGGUUUUUGGUGGGCGUAUACAUGAGCUAGUUUUUGUCAAUCUGCGGAUUGCUGACAUGGGAAUAAUGAAUGGAAUGCGCACUUGCUACGGAAAAAAUGUCUUUAUUCAAUGCUUAAUCCCUGCGAGUUCAGAGGAGCGUAAUGAUAAUAUGCUUUUUUGUUUGAUGUCACAGGGCCGGACUAUGAUGAAUUUGAACCUUUUUUGUCCAUACUCCUUUAUUUUAGCACUAUGGUUAUUUAAUAUUAAUAAUGUCUAUAGCACAUUUCAUCUUUCUUGUUUCUCCCUCUCAGACUGCCCAGGCCUCCCCUGCCCUCAACAAGUGGAAGAGCUCCAAGCAAAUCUCAUCGAGGCCUUGCGCAUUGAGCUCAAACACAACCACCCCAAGGACAAGGUGCUUCUGGCUAAAGUCCUCCUGUUGGUACCUGACCUUUGCCAGAUGGUGGAAGACUUCAGCGACAACUUGAGAGGGUACGUGUUUGAUUCCACGCCUGACUUCUCCCAAGUCAUGCCGCUGCUUAAGGAAAUCUUUGACCUCGAUUCAAGCCCCACUGCCUCAUCGUCGUCGUCGACAUCAUCAUCGUCGUCUUCGUCAUCCUUCUCCUCAUCUUCAGCGACGGCACACUCAUCAACAGCUUCAUCAAUUCCAGCGUCUCCGUCAUCAACAAUCUCGUCCUCGGCGUUUUUGCCGUCAUCAUCGCAGUCGUCAUCUUCAUCUUCAUCAUCUUCGUCGUCAUCAAUUACACCUGCAGCCCCUUCUUUACCCUCAUCAUCUACCUCAUCAUCACAGUGCGUUUCUUCUAAUCCACCACUGUCUUGAUCACACCACUGCCAGUUGUUGAAGGAAUUGUUUCCUUAUUUUUGCUCUAUUUGUAAUAUAUUAUUAUUAUUAUUUUAACUUCUCCUUUGUUUAGAAAAUCGUUGUGCUGGAGAAACACUAAGAAAUGAAAUCAUAAUUUCCAUAAAUGCAUAUUUGCUUUUGGGACAGCUAUUGAGAUGUGAUGUACAGUGUAGAAGUCUCUCUGGUGUUUGAUUGUUGGUGUUCCCAUGCUGAUCACGUGAUCGGGGCUGGUUGAUCACGUGAUCGGGGCUGGUGGAUGAAGCUCUCCGGUGAACUUCUUCCUUCGUUAUGUUCCUCUGUGAGUGGGAGAGAAGUUGGUCAGUCGUUAUUUACAGUACAUCGUAUUAAGUCAUCCCCCCCCCCACUCUGUUCAUUCAUAUUCAUCUCUCUUUCUCGUUUGUGACUCUUUAAGUAAUAAGUAUAAAUACAUACCUGUUCUCAUUCAUUUAUUCCUCUGUUCUUAUUUGCCUUUUUUAUUUUCAUUUGUGACUUUCAAGUAAAAACAUACCUGUUCUCACUCUUACUUAUUAUUAGUGACCCGUGAGUGUGUUACCUAUUUACUCUUUUAGUGUCUUGUCUUCAGAAUGUUGUGUGCGUUUCUUCUUUCUCGUUGACCUCGGAGUGUGAGUUUUGGGCUCACUUUCUUUCUUCAUUCAUAUAAAAUUUAUGAAAGUGUAAGUACUCAUUACUCUUUCUCCUUCAUGACUCGACUGUGUGAUGUUAUGGUGUGUACUCACUGGGAGUCGCAAUCCACUGCCUUUGUGAACUCAAGUGUCUUGACGUCACAGUUUUCUGUGAUCCAACUCCUCACAUCUGUUGUAGCAUAAGAAGUGCCUGGUGGAGCUGAAGAAAUCCUGUUUGAAGCUGUUUCAGUUUGUUCCAGGUUUUGGGUCUUACAAUGACCCAAGUGUGCUGAGGGGAAGAGACCUUUGUGUUUACUCAGUCCUUUCUGUAUGAAGCUCUUUUUUCUGUGGGCUGAAGAAUAAAGGUUAGUUGGGAAAUAUUUGGUCGCUUUUAAGGACAAGCGGGCUUACC